AUGCCGCUUACCAACUCGCCGGGUCACACGCUGACCUUCCCAGCGGUCAUACUCCUCGCUUUCGUCCUAGCGGCAGGCUUCUUACUGGUAAUACUGUCGUGUGCGCUCUGGGCCAAUUGGUUGCCAUUAUUCGUCGCUCUCACCUUCAUCCUCGCUCCUGUUCCAAAUGCGAUCUGCGCCCGGAGAGCUGGGAUGGAUGACUUCUCCGAGGGGAACUCAGCAUAUAUAGAUUUCGGACGAUUCGUGACCGGCAUGCUGGUUACGACCGGCCUUUCCCUCCCCCUCCUCCUCGCUCAUUCCGAGCUCAUUCAGCCCGCAGCAUGCUGGAUGUCCAUAGCCGGCGGCGGCUUGGUUUAUGGCACGAUAUUGGUAUACUCAGGAUGGUUCGGCGGGGGCGGAGACGACGAGUUCUAG